CUGUAACGGGAGCUGUCGGAGCUGUUUGUCGUUACACCGCCGGGGCUGUAGGAGGCGCACUGGUUGACAGAAGCUCGUCUGCCGACCAUAGGCGUUUCGGCCAGUCGCCGGGUGUCUCUAAGCGGGGGAAAAGCUGAUUAAAUACCGUAUAUUUGCGGGUGUGUGGGAGCUGUGUCCUGGCAUUUGGUCUUGUCAUGUGGAUGCUGCUCGGUAAAUACUUUCAUUUGGCUCUGAGCCCACUGGAAGGAGGUCAUCGCACUCUCCAUCCGCUUGUCUGAGGGCAGCCCUUCACUUCCCAUCUGAUUGUAAUAAACUGGCUGCGAGAGAGAGACACUGUGGACCGGUUCAUACAGCAUUGUAAAGCAGGACCUUACUCAGGCCUCAGGGAGCCAGUGGACUGUAUUUUCUUAGGAGCUGAAUGAAACUGAGCAGGAUGGAUGCAGUUCUGGCAUUUCAGUCCCAGCUCUGUGGGGUGAUGGAGACUGUGCUGAAAGCGGCCGUGUGCGAGAUCACCAGGCUGGUGGAGGACAGCUUCCUGGCAGAAGUGGCACAGAGCCGCCAGGAAGCGGAGACUCUGCGGCAGAGGCUGAGGUGGUGUGAGAGCAAACGCAGGGAGCGGGCGGCGGACGGGAAGACGCGGUGUGUGGAAUGUGGCAGGGCUGGAGGAGGCGGAGCCCCGGCAGAGUACAGGCCAGCUGUAGCUGUCCAUGUUUGUAUUGCAGGAGCUGAAGAGGCCAGCCUUCUUCAUGCUGACAUGAGGCUCCAUGUUGAGGACUCGAGUUCCAGUGAGAGGAUGAACACACACACACCAUCUGGCAGCGUGACAGAUCAGCAGAGGGGCAAGCAGUAUGCGGGAGAGAGUGGGGAGCAGGAUGACGCACAGGCAGGCCAUGAGGGCGUCAGCAUGAGGCUUGGCCAGCCGGGGGCGCUGCACUGUGCUGGGGCAUCACAUGAUCUGGACUCCAAGGAUGUCUCCUGGACUUCUUUUAAGCUAGGAGACAGCGACUCGGAUGCUGAUGGACUAGAGUCGUCUCAUGCAGAGAGUCCAGGAGAUCAUACCAAAGAGCCUUGGUCAGCUCCUUCAGAAGGUUCCAGUAAGAUGGGGUCCUCACAACGCCGCGUAAGUGUGAAAGCAGAGACAGAGCUGUCCAGCAUAGUGCCUGUUAAAGAAGAAGUAGACAUGGCGCCUCUAUGGAGGGAUCAGAUCCAGUCAGAGGUAACACACAGGCAGAUCAGGCCGCUGUGUCACAGGGCAGACAUUCAGAUAGACAGGGUUAUUAGCCUGGCUUCUUCACAAAAUGUGAUAAAAUCUCAAAAGUUAGACACAAAUUUGGCAGCCAGGCAGCAUGGACAAAGAACAGCAAAUACACAGUCAGGAGUUAGCAGUGCUGAAAAUACUAACGGUUCAAAUUCUGAACUAUUAGCGAAAGAUGGUGGCUGCACAAGCGCUCCAAGCUUCAGGGCAUCAAGAAGCAUUAUUAGCGCGCCGUCUGUUUGCUGGAGGGAGAAGCCAUUUGUCUGCAGACAGUGUGGGAAGACUUUUACUCGGCUCAAAAACCUGCAGGCUCACGUGAAGCAGCACAGUGGCGUGAGGCCGCACAGCUGCACGCACUGUGGGCGGAGCUUCCUGUAUCUGAGCCGGCUUAAGGUCCACCUGCGUAGCCACACUGGGGAGAGACCGUUUCCCUGCUCGCAGUGUGGGAAGAGCUUCCUUUCUUCUUAUGAUCUGAAAGUACACCAGCGCAACCAUACGGGAGAGAAACCGUAUAGCUGUGCGCAGUGCGGGAAAGGCUUCACGCGGCUGAGCAUCCUUAAGGAACAUCGCAGCAUUCACACCAAGGAGAGAUUCAGCUGCACACAGUGUGGGAAGAGAUUCACUCGCUUAAGCAACAUGAAGACCCACCUAAGGCAUCACAGUACGAGGAAUCCGUACAGUUGCACGCAGUGUGGGAAAACAUUCCUUUUUUUCUGUCGUCUUCAGAAACACCAGAAAAAAAUACAUGGCCAGCAACAGUGAGUGGUUUCUUUGUGCAUAUUUACGAAAAGACUUUUUCCUCUGCAUCUGGAAAAAUUGAUCCGGAUUAACUUUGGAGCCCAGUUAUUCAUCAAAAUGAUGACAGAAUGUGUGAUUGUCUUGUUGGCUCCUGUCGUCAUGGAAACAAGCUCACUGGGUCUUUUGAACUGUACCAAGUUCACUAGCAUUUCAAUGUUCUGAAGGCCCUGGAUGGGAACUAGGUUUGCACGUGCAAGUCAUUUAAACGUGGGUCUCGUUUUUAUAUGCCGAGGCAGAGGUGCGUUCGCUGUCCGAUGUAACUUAGAAAUCUUGCAUCUUUACUGUGUCGCUACUCAGCCACAGUCUGGAGGAAGGUCCGUGAGCUUUAACAGCACAAACACUGCAGCACCAGCUUGGUGUCUGAACAGCUUUGCUGGUAUUUGAAAGCCUUUGACAGCAUAGGUGUCUCUAGGCCCCAUUUGGGGGGGGGGGCUUUUGGCCACCGGAAAAAAUAUUUUUAGAAAACCAUUUAGCGAUUUGUCCCACAUUUUCCCCUACGUUUUGUACCACCGACUCAGCAAUCUUUAUCGUGGAAUGCCCUCCUCUCGCAGCAGGUCUAAUUGUCUAAUUUCACCCCUUAAGGGUGAAAUCCUAGAAUUGCCCCCGUUUGAAAGUCUGCCUGUCUGUUUGUCUUAUUUAAUUUAUGUAAUCAACAUGUUAACUUCCAUCCAAUGCAUUUGAUCAUAAAAUAAAAAAAUACAAUACGCAAAGUCUCCA